AAAUUGCAUAAAAACUUGCCGUUAGUGUCUCCUAGUUUCAUUUGUUUAAUUGAUGUUGAUAAGAGUGUUUUUAUAUUUAUAAUAAUGUUAAAAGUUUAUGGGCUGUGUCUGUGUUUUGCGAGUUUUAAUGUAAGUUUGUUUCGCUGCGACCUAAUACUGCCUCAAGUAUUCAUCCCGGAGCUAACACUAUAUCCUCAAAACCCACCAAAACUACCCGUACUCUGUUUAACUGAAGAAAAAUUCUCUUUACCCGAAUUCUGCCAAAACGCCUCAGAAUGGGAAGACGUCGACAUGUCGCUCAAAAUCUUGACAGAUUUCUCAGAACCCGAUCCGGAAAGAUCAACGUUCGCAGCUUUUAUUAAUCUUAUUAAGUUCAUCCUGAUUAAAGAAGAGCUAACUUGCAUAGACGCCAUGAGCGGACCUAUAAUACAAGUACAGCGCCCAGAGGGAAAGAUUUUCAAAGAUAACAGCGAGAUUCUAAACGAUAUAGAAACGGCGUUAGCUAAUAAGCCUAAAAUAAAAGCGAGGCCUGUAGAUUUUUAUGACAAUAUUGACAUUUCAAAUAUGUGUCCAAUUUGGAGACCCAGAGUACCUUAUAGAAGACGAAAUAAGAACGCUAUUCCUAUAGUUAAAGUUAAGUCUAAUUCAACAUGUGCUUGUUCAUGUCCGAAAGCGCCGCAGAAUUUGAGUCCCGUAACGAUUAUUGGUAGCAAUUUGAACCCAAUGGCCGAGGGAAUAGCGCCUUAUUCGCAGUGUCAAAAACUUACCUUGCAACCAACUGGCUGUACGUUACAGAGUCUACCUUCGACUAACAUAAGACCGGUACCUUUAGGUUGCGGAGGAAAUCGCAAUGUGUGCCAAAGAAUGGCAAGCCCAAUUAUGGCUGGUUGCCCGAAACUGACUACACCUGUUUUGGCUGGUUACUCAAAACAAGCAAGUCCACUUAUGGGUGGUUGCCCAAAACUGGCGCCAGUUUUGAAUGGUUACCCUAAACUAAGUCCAGUAUUGGCUGGGAUGACUGGUUGUCCGAAAAUGAGAAGUCCAUUAUUGUCUGGCUGUCCGAAACUAGCAGGCGUCGCACCCGGAAUGGGUCUUAGUUGUGGUUGCCCGAAGACAAAUAUGAUUUUAAGUGGUUGCCCAUAUGGGAACUCGAUGUUAGGUUGUCCAAACUGUGGUUUAGCCAAUUGUGCCUGUCAAGCUAAGCAGCCUGUGUCUGUACUACAGAGAGAAGCGAUACCUUUGAUAGAUCGUUUUGGAAAUUUGAUGAAACAAGUGACGACUACUGUUUUAGUGCCAUAUACUAUGUCACAAAUAGUUGCUUGACGAAAACGAA